CCGCUGUGGUGCGGACCACGGAGCUGCUGCCCUGGCCUUGCCCCGGAGCUCAUGGAGCUGAGACCAGCCGCCAGCCACAAGGAGAAUGUACCCCCCAGACCUGCGACCCCCCUGCGGCCAGAGCAAUGGAGACUCCCGAAGAGCCUUGGUGUGGGCCUGGGCAGUGGGCAGGGCCAGUGGGUGCCCACGUGCCAGAGGGGCGGGCCUGGCGUCACCCCCUCCCCAGGGGCGGUGCUGGGCCCAGAGCCCUGGCAAGUCCAGACCAACCUGGCCAGCCCCUGGCCCCGCCCUGGCCUUGCCCUGAAGGACUCGACAGGCCUGCUGACCAACUCUGGCUCCCGACAGCAGAGCAACAUGCAGCCACGGGUCAGGAGGCCCCAGGGCGGAGCCCUUGAGUCUGCUGUGCAGCAGAGUAACCUGAGCGUGAGGGAGGCUGGUUUGGGUGUGUGUGGGAGUCCCAGUGGCCCCCGCCUCUGGUCAGAUCCUCAGGAAAGGGGGCCCUGCCUGGGGCUCUGGGAAAGCCCCUUACCCCAAGGGUCACUGACCUGCCCGCCCUCCACCCUGGGGCUGGCCCAGCUGCUGACCACAGACACUCCCUGCCUGGGCUUCAGGCCUGCUGCAGGCUUUGCCUCUCUUGAUGGACACACACAGCUGAACCCCAGAUCCUGGUGUGGCCUGGGGAGCCGGACCUGCAGGCUCCUGGUGGAACCUCUCACCCUGGAGGACCUGGCUGUCCAUGCCCCGAGCCAGGCUCCAGCCCCAUCCCAAGCUGCUGUCCACCGGCUGCUGGUCUCUGUUCGAUGCCUGGAGCUAGAGGUGGCCCGUCUCCGGCACCGGGAGUCCCAGGAGCCCCCAGACUCUGCAAAACAGGGCCCCUGGGCCAGCGAUGGCCGAGCACUCCCUGCCAGCCACCGGCCCUGCCAGCUGGCUCUUGCUUCCCGGGAUGAGAAGAAGUACCUUCGAGGUCUCAGGGAAACUGGGGGUUUCCCAGAGACGCAAGGGGUCCAGGCUGGUCGCUGGGAUUCCAAGGCAAGCGGCAAGCCCACAUCACCCGAGACCACUUUGGAGCUGCUGACUGGAGGUUCCCUUGACCCCGAGCAGGGGGUCCUUCCCACCCAACCCCUAAGGCGAGGAGAGAGCCACUCUCCAGGGCCACCAUAUGCUGGGGGGCAGAGGAGGGAGCGCCGGCACCCUGUAGGGGUGAGCAGCAGGGAGGCCAGACUCUGCUCUUCAGCCUCCUGCAGCAUGGCCUUGCCUGGGCCUGAGGGAGGGGAGGGCGCUCGGGGCCUGCAGAUCAGCACGGAGGAAGAGAGGACAGCUUCCUGCCUGCCAGACGCCGCUGCAGCAAGGAGUGACCCGCAGGACCGAGCCCAACACUCCGGGAGCCUGGAGGCCAAGGCAGCUGGACUGAAGCCUGAGAGCUGCCCUGCACUCUUGGCAGUCAAAAGGGGCAUUCUGCCCAAGGGCCUUUGUGUCUGGGAUUUCCAGGGUGCACCAGAAGAAGAGGGGAGGUCUAAGCUGGUCUUCUCACUGCUGCAGGGCCCUCACCCUGCGAUGCUGGAAAGGCACCAGGGAUGGUGCCCUGGCCCCUGGGGCCCUGCUCCCUGGGGCCCUGAUCAGCUCUGGUCUGUCCCCAGCCGGCAGCUUCUGUCCAGAUGUUUCAGAGCCUGGUGGUGCUUGGUUCAGAAGCAACAGGCAGUGGGAGCUGCAUUGGUGCUGAGCCAGCAGCAGCGGUUGCACAGGGGCCUGCGGGCGCUGCGUUGGGCCCUGAGGCUCCGGGAGGCCCAACUGGAGGCAGCGUGGACACGACACACACGGACCCUGCUGGCCUGGAGCUUCCAAAAGUGGAGGAACAUGACUCUGCAGCAGAAACAAGGGCAGACCCACAUCCAGGCCGGUCUCUCGCCCUCGGGGCCAGGCCAGGGCCAAGGGUCCCCAGGAAGGAAGCCGGCGGUGGACCUCGCCCAGAGAGGCAGCACAGGGAGCCUGAGGGAGGAAGCAGGUGCUCGGAGGCUCCCGUUGCAUCUUCGGCCGAGACCAGGUGGAGGAGCCAGGAGAUCCCAAACCCUGCAGGCCCUGCAGCAGCUGGCUGUCUUCCUCCUGUGGUGCCAUCAGAAGGAGCGGGCCAGACCGGAGCAGAGGGGUCAGGGAGAGUCUUCCUGGGCCACCCGGAGGACUCAGAGUCUGGGAAGGCCCCCCCAGGCCAGGCGCCCUCCUGCUGCAGACGUGGCCUGGGUGGCCCCCCUGGCUACCUGGUCCCAGAGAGCCUGGAUGUGCAGGUGCUUCAGGGCCUGGCAGCGGUUCCUGCAGAGGGGCAUCCGGUAUCGGCACCACCUGGCUGCCUGCUGCACAGGGGCCCUGAGGAUGAGCCUGCAGCAGUGGGUGAAGAUGAAGCAGCUCCGGGCCUCGGACGGGGCAAAGGUGACCCAGCUGUCGCUCUGCCGACAGAAGGCAGGGAACACAGUCCUCCGCAGCUCCAUCCUGGGAGCGGCCACAGCCUAUGGCCCAGGGACAAGGGCCCAGGCGCGGGGGCUGCCCCAGCAGCCAGGUGGGGGCUCGCUGCAGGAAGCCUGCCAGAGGCUGGCCCUCCACCGGGCGCUGCUGCUCUGGAAGACUCGGCUCUCCCAGCGCCAGCAGAAACUCACCUGUCUUUUCCAAUCCCAGCCGUGGGUGAAACCGGGGCCCAGAAACUCACCUGUCUUUUCCUGUAGCUCCUUCUUCCAGGGCUUGUGGCGACGGACGCUGCGGGGCAUCCUCAGGGGCUGGCACUUGAGGGUGUGGGGUCUGGGCACAGUGCCAGGCAGCGCCGGGACCACCUCGGCCCUGGAGUCCCUGGGCAGCUGCAGCACAUCCCAAAGCUCCCUGGAAAAGGCUUCCAGGGCCCCUGCUCUCCUGGACACCCUCCGGGUGAACUUUCUGCAGGCAGCCCGGAGGCGACAGCAGGGACAGUGCCUUCUGCUCUGGCAGGCGAGGGCCCAGCAGUCCCGGGGUGCAGCGAGGUGGCACCAGCACAGCCUCCAGAGGCGCAUCAUCCUCGGCUGGAGCCACUGGGCAAUGACCCACAGGGCCCGGAGAGAGCUGGCCGCUCGCCUGGCAUGGGGCAGGAGCUACAGGGCCGUGUUGGGCGUGUGGCGGCUGCGGCUGACUCAGAGGCGAGAGCUGGAGCAGUGGGCCUGGGUGCGAGGCCGGAGACUGGCGCGAGAUGCCCUGGGCCGCUGGCGUGCCUGUUGGCAGAGGCAGCAGUUUCUGCAUGACAAGUACCAGAGAUGGGUGCAAGGCCACCUCCAGGGCUGGCGGAGGGCCCUGUUCUGGGGCUGGCGGCAGGCGGCGGCUCGAAGGAGACACACGGUGGCCAGGCCGGAGCCGCUUCUGAUGCAGAGCUGUUUGCAGGCCUGGUGUGGGCUUGUGAGAGACAGAGGGGUGCUUGGGGCCAGGUGUGGCACCUUCCGGGAUGGUUUGAGGACAAGGGCCCCUGGGGCCACUUCUGCCACGUGGAAGGGCACCCGAGUGGCUGCUGCAGCCGGAGCACUGGAGCAGCGUGUGGCCCAGGCCUCCGUGGCUCGCUGGAGGAGCCAUGUGCAAGGGCGCCAGGCCGAGAGGCAGCUGCGCAGGGCCCAGGCCCAGCAGGCCUUUGUUGCAUGGCGAGUGGCCUUGGGCCAGCGCCGUGAGGCCCACCAGAGGGCAGAAGAGCAAGCUCAGGCCCAGGCCAGGAUGGCUCUGUGCUGGACGCUGUGGGUGCGUGAGGCUUGCCAGUGCCGGCUGAGCCGAGCCCACGCUGCCCGGAGGCUGAGCGCCAGGGUCCUAGAGGCCUGGGCUCAGUCAGCAGCCCGGGGUGGCGUCCUGCGUGCUACCCUCACCCAGUUCCAGCAGGCUGGGCCCAAGCGCCUCCUGCGGACUCACUGGGCCCAGUGGCAGACCGUGCUGCUCAUGUUGCGGCUGGAACGUGGGGCUGAGGCCCAGGAGGUCAGCACUGCCCACCCCAGGCCCUGGUCCAGGCAGGCCAGCAGAGAGCACCAACUGGCUCUGAUGGACACCCCAGCCCUGUGGAAGCAGCCUCACCCGGCAGCCCCACCCACUCGGCCCACAGCCCCUUCCAGAGAAGCUGGGAGCUGGAGGCAGACCACACCCAACAGGCAACAGGAAGGGGGGCUUCAGCAAGGGACUUCCCUGGACAGCUCCAGGCUGUACCUGGCACAGAUCCACAGCUGCAGGCCCCCAGCCCCAGAACCCCUACUGCCUGGCCCAGCCCAGCACCACAGCCUCUGUGGACAGAGGGAGUGGAGAGAAACAUCCUGGGAACAGAGUAAAGAGACCCUGCCGCGGACCAAUGUCUCAAGUGCAGGGGCUAGGUGGUUGCCAGCCAGCUCAGGCCUGGAAAUCAGCUUCAAGUUCUUUUGUAUUUUGCUUACCCCACCCAUUUCCUUUUUGAACGUCAGCCAUUUUGAGAAUGCAGCGACAUUUUCUCCUGCCCCACCAGUACUUCUCUUUGGGCAGCUGUUCAGGACUUCUGGGAGCUGGGGUGGGGUGGGGUGGGGGGGUGUCACAGUGCUUUUGUUGUCUGCCCCUUGCCCAGCGUCUAGCGAGGGCAUGGCGGUGCUGGGCAGAUGCUCAGGGGACGGAGCAGCUGGCUCAGAUGCUGCUCAGGCAGUGGCAGCUGGGGUGGGCCUGGAGAACAUGGCGGCGGCGGGUCCUGCAGCUGCAGGUGGCUCAGCGAUUCAGCAACAAGAGGACGACUGGCUCCUUUCCCAGGCCUUUGGGAAGUGGCGCCAGAGCCUGGCAGCCAGGAGUCCAGGGAAAGGAGCCGCCAGCAGCGGCUGUUGCUAUGACUUGUUUCCCUGAAAAAGCAGCGGAUGGAAGCUGGCCUCCCUGGAAAGGCACUGUCACCCCUGUCCCUGAGCCCAACCAUCGGGACGGGCAUGCUGUUAGCCACAGGGUGCUCACUCCAUAGCCUGCGGUCCAGGCAGCUGCCCUCAGAGCACUGAAGGACAAUAAAAUGCCUGUCUUAGUUCUAGCUGCUUCUCUUGCUGUCUCUGUUAAAGGCUGACCCUUGGCCUUAGCCAAGGAAGGAACAGGACAGGCCACCCCUCUGUCAUCUGCCAGGCCGCUCCCUGGACCUCCACCCUUUCCGCUGAGCCUGCAAAGACCAGCAGGCAGGACAGGAGAGGGUGUGCAGCUGUGUGCAGCUGCCUGUCCCCGCCCUGGGCAACAGGACUUGACUCCUGGGGAGCAGUGCCAGGCAGACAGCUUUGGAGUGGGGGUGAGCAGAGGGGAGACAGCAGCUAGCACCUGCGAAAGAAGCCAGGGAGAAACAAACCUGCUUGGGUGAAUCUCAUUUUCGCCCUUGCUGGUAAUGGCAGGGUGUCCCCGUGGCCCAGGGAACGGGGGGCAGCCAGGCUCCCCGUGCACGAGGAGAGACGCCUUUAAACCCGCAAGAGGCACUAUCUCUCGAGUCACAGGAACAUAGAAACCGUUGUUUCAGAAAGCAGCACUGUAGAGAGAUGAAAACUCAGCUGAGUUCCCAGGUAGCGCCGGUUAAGUUCCAGCCCAAGGCCCAUCCAGGAGCCUGGUGCCAAGGCCGGCAGGGUAGGUGGACUGGGCACUGGUCUGCCCCUUCUAUCAAGUAGGUCAUGCCUGGUAGCGUGUCCCAGAGGCCGAGGGGGCACAGCCUCCUUUUGCUGUCUCUCUUCCGCAAGGCCUCAGUGCCUGCGGUCCGUGCUCCCUGCCUGUACUCAGACCCAACAAUAAGGUCACCGGCCGUUCCAGGCGGGCUCCUAGGGGCUGUCCUAGGAGCUCAGUCAGCAUGAACCGGUCUCCUCCCCUUCUCGGGGAGGAGGGAGUUCUGCCCACUCCAUCCUCUGCGGGAUGGAGGGUCCCACAAAAGAGACUCUCAGCAGUACAGAGGGCACCAGGCUCCUCUGUGGGCCGACUUGGGUCUGGCCGGAGCCCAGAAGCCUCACAGUUGUCUAGCUGCCAUCGUCCUCUGGGGGUGGAGGCCCGGGCUCAGGGAAGAGGGAAGGAGAAUGGGGGUCCCCAGAGAACCGGGCCUGGCGAGGAGGAAGGUGGGACACAGCGGCUUCCGGGUAAGGACGUCAGGGUGCAGCCUCUGUCUCCUGCUCGCCCGGGGAGGACUGCUUGAGCAGCUCAAAUGUGUCUUCUACCACCUGCCACAGGCAGUUGUCCAGCGGAAACUCAUUGUCCACCAGGUUGACCAGGAAGUAGUUGUCAUGGAUGUGCUGGAUGAUCAUGCGGGACGGGGACUCCUCCUUGUACAGCUUGCCCCACUGCUCGAUCCACAGGGCGAAGGCCUCAUCCUGCACACGUGUGGGCACAUGUGCACACACACACAGACAGAGGCAGGGUUAACAGGGCUGUCCUCGGGGCAGGGCCCAUGUUCAGGGCUCCAAGGGCCUCUGUCACUGCCCCAUGGGAUAUUUCCAGGAAUAGAACAAGGCCACUGCCAGUGCCAACUUCUACCCCACCCCCAGCCCAGAAAUAAACAUGGUGAGUCACAGUCAGGCAUAGCCAGGAAGGCUGAGGCCUAGGACCCAGCAGUGCUGCCUGGCCAGGGUCCUUCAGGUGAGCAGGGCAAGCCAUACCUUCCAGAACAUGAAGCUGACAGGAUCCACCACGGUGGGCUGGAUGAUCUCCCGUCCAGGGAAGAUGCCCCAGGUGACAGCAUUGGGCUGCAGCUCAGGGGCAUUGGUGAUGUUUUCGCCCUGAGGGGAUGGGUAGGGUAAGAGCAGACUGGUUAAGACCACCUCUCCUUGCCUGGAGUUCUCCACCUGCUCCCCCAGCUCUGCAGCCUCUGCUGAAUCCCAGGGGGGCCGUCCUGGGCCUUGCCUGCCCCUUUUGCCCCCUCCUAGCUGUGCUCCAGCGUGGAGACACUGGUGCUUCCACUCCAGUGUCUGCCCCACAGUCUAGCUCAGCGGGCCUCGCUAGGCUGCUGGGGCUGCCACAGGAGCCUCUGACUCUGGUCUCCCCACCCCCACUGUCCACAGAGCAGUCCCUGUGACCUGCUGAAAACAUGGGGUCAAGUCACUCCACCAUUGGGGAUGGCUCCUCGCUGCCAUAAGAAAAAUGCAAAUUCUUGGCAGGGCAGUGGAGACCCUGAGGACUCCAUCAGCAGAGUCCUGAGGCCAGGCCUGCCCCCUGCCCUCUCCCCAGAUGCUCUUCACCUCGUCCUUGAAGAUUCAGGCCACACACAACGCUUCCACCCACCCUUCCCUGACCUCCCAGGUUAUCUGUCCCGCUCCUGGAGUCCCAGCAUCCUGCUCUAAGCCGGCUCGUGGUCACCUGCUGAGUGGUCUCCCCUUCCAGGCGGGGAGGUCUGAGCCAGGGGCUCUGGGUCUGCCUCAAGCCUGCCUGGCUGAGCGCAGCGGGGGGUUCUCCCCCGGACCCCCUUUCUGGAUGCAGGAGCCGCCCACCUUCACAUCCACUAUGUGGUAAUUCACCCGGAGCUCGUACUUCUUCAGCACCUGCAGCAGCGCUUCCACGGUCUUGCGGGAAGUGAAGAACUCCAGGUAGGCCUGUGGGGGAGACAGGCACCCAUCACGGCAGUGAUCCCAAGUCCUUGCCAGAUGCCCUCUCUGUGCUGCCACCCACGUAUAUGCCAGCACCACCAGUCAGGCGCCUGCCCUGUGGCCCAUGCGCCAGGUGCCAAGGCGUAGGGACCAGGGGCACCUCCAGAUGGAUCCUGAACCAUGGAGCUGGUUCCUCAGUCUGGCAGGGCUGAGGCUGCACAGGCCUGAGGGCAUCUCCACCCUCUUCAAUGGGCCAGGGAGGGCUCCAUGGAGAAGGCCUCACAGCAGCUGCAGAGAAGGCCCAGUCUAGAGCCGCGGCGCAGGUGAGAGGCACAUAUCCCUCCCCUCCCCACACGCUGGACAGUUGGGGUAGGGGGCUUCUCAAGCACCAACCUUCUCUUUGGGAUUAAGCUGGGUUGAUUUUGGUUUAUUUGCUAUAACACUAUCAUUCCCAUUUUAUAGAUGAGGGGACUAAGCUGAGCGAAGGUGGGCACCUGGGCAGCACUGAUGGUGAAGAGACAGCUGGUGCUCAGACCAGGCCUUUCCAGCCCAGAGCCCAUGGACAUGAGAUUGAACGUCACUCUGCCCCCAGGGUCCCCGGAGGAGGUGUCUGACGGCACGGUGUGAUCACAGCUCCAUUCAGUGUGAGACCAGCCCGCCCAGCUCUGUCUGACCUCAAGUGUGAGCUCCUGCCCACUUGGGUCCACUGAGGCUCAGAAUACAGAGUCCCUGGGGAGGAAGGCGCCUUAGUCUGCAUCUCCCUGGGCACUGUGUGGCCCUACUGCACCUUCUGGAAGACGUAGCCCCCGCUGGGGCCCCAGCCCACCACAGGGUCAGAGGACGGCUUCCCGUUGAUGCUGGGCUGCGAGUUGAUGGUGAGGAUGCCCUGCCGGUUGACCCGCAGCAGCUGCUCCUUCAGCAGGCUGGUCUCGGCUGCCAAGGGCUCGUCAUUCCAGGGCAGGCAGGUCACCUGGGAGAGAAGGUGAGCUGGGCUGGGGCUGCGGCCCUCCCUCUCGGCUGAUCUCUGCCUCCAGAAGCCUCCAAAAGUCCCAGGUGGGGACUUCCCAACCUCCCCCUUUGGGAGGGGGCGUGUUCAGACACAGACAGGUGAAGCUGGGGAAGUCACAGCCCUGAAGUCUGGGCCACAGAGAGGCAGAGUGGGGUGUCACCAGGGGUCCCCCCACAGCACUCACCUUGUAGCCAUUCGGGUUUGGCUCUCCCGAGAGGUAGUGUGCGAAGACUUCAAAGACGCUUUCUUCACUAGUCAGCUCCUCCCCCCACAUCUUGAGCAGCUCUUCCCUGGGGGACUUGCUCUUCAGGUAGAAGAGGUAGUAGUCCUUCAGCUCCCCAAAGGCUGGGGAGGACGAAUUGCCCCUGGUGGAGGAGGUGCCCACAGUUCAGGACCCACUUCUGACCUUGGGCUCCAGAAGCAGGACAAUUGUCCCCAAUGCCCAGGGUCGUGGGGGGUCACCCUGUGCAUCUUCUGCCUCGUCCUCCAGGGGCUCAACAUGCAACUUCCUGCCUCCCUCCUCCCGAGAAACAGGAUUCAUUUGCCAGGGGAUGACUACAGGUGCUCACCAGCGGCCAUUGGGGAAUUCAUCCCACUCCUGGGUGCGGUAAAUGUAGCUCUUUGGUCUGGAAGCCCAGAAGAUGGGGCGGACAUCUUCCUCCCGGCGCUUGGGGUGGGCACUGACAGCCCAAGGCAGGGGCCGCCUGGGUGAGAGGGAGAAGAGGCAGCGCUGAGCUGUGUUCUGCAGACUGAAACCCAAGGGUACCGCUGGCCAUGUCACAGACAGCCCUCGGCCCCGGGGGCCAGCACAGCUUGGCAUGUUCAGUCUAUGACUCCGACUCUGCUCUGUGGCUCCCGGGUGCGGCCUCACCUGGGGUCCUCAUUCCACAGGCCCAGGCGCUUCAGUACCUCGGUGGUGGCCACCUCACGGUUGAGGGUGUAGAAGUGGAGGCCAGGCACCAAGCCACUCGCCAGGAGCUCCUGGCACAGGCUCACGGCCAGCUCGAUGCCAUAGUUGCGGAUGGCAGCGUCAUUGUCUUUGAUGGGCUCGAUCACGUCCUUGAUCUGCUGCGGCACCUCCAGCUUGGACAGCUUCACGAGCUGCCGGAGGGAGUGGUAGCUCUGUGCGAGACACGAGGGGUGUGGGUGCACCUCCCCACCCGCCUCGCUCCCUGAAGCCGAUCCCCUGCACCUCCCCACUAGACCAGGAAGGGCUGCCGAAGAUUCUGAAUUCCGGCCACCUGGCUCGGAAACCACUGCUUGCGCCGGCUCCUUCCCCGCUCCUGGGGUACAGCAGCUGUGCUUCCCCGCCAUCAGUCUGAGCCAGCUCUCUAGCCCCCCUCAAUGUAUUAAUUGAUAAUAGGGUGGCCAGCUAACCCAGGGGUUCCCCAGCCUCACUCAUCACCAGGAGCCCCAGCAAAACUGAGGAAGUGAUAAACAAGUUCCUAGGCCCCUGCUCCAUCAGAACUUCUCAGGAUGGGAUCUAGAAAAGGAUCUUUUAGAAAAACGUUAUCAAGUGAUUCUGAUAAAACUCAUGUUGGGAAAUACCAAUCUGACGAAAAUUUAUGAGGAUUCUAAUUCCCUUUAGUGACACUUGCCAGCGAGCCAAAGUACAAGCCCCUCCAACAGACAGUUGCUAUUUUGGGGGGAAGGGAGGAUGAGCAGUCACUAAAAUGGGUGGCAGGACACGAUGUCUGUAUCUGUCUGGUGGGAAAUCUAAGAAGCAUCAAAGAAGAGCUUGACCUUGAACUUGGCGCUUCACCCCAAGGGCUAGCCAGUGCGAGUUGGAGACAGAGGGAGUCCACCAGCCCUCCUGGAACCCUCACCUGGAUGGGAAAGAUUCCGGGGAGGAUGGGGCAGGUAAUGCCUAUCUUGGUGCAGGCCUUAACAAAGUGGAAGAAUGUGUCAGCCUCAAAGAAUAGCUGGGUGAUGAUGAAGUCAGCUCCCGCAGACACCUUCUCCUUCAAGUACUUCAGGUCGACCUCAAAGCUCCCUGCGUCGGGGUGGCCUUUGGGGUAACCUGCCAAUAGGGAUGACAGUAGGGAGAGGUGGCUUCACCUGCUUAGGUGAGUGAUGAACAGGGAACACAGCGUUCUCUGCCUCAGGCUGCAGACUUGUGCCUUCCGAUAUCACAGCAUGGGCAGGCGGCAUGGUGAGAGGCGGGGCUCACACUGACACGCCCCCCCCACCCCCACCCGGGGAUGACUCUCGGUGACAGGUGGCUUACAGCCACCCUCCCAAGGGAAGGGGCGAAUUGUUCCAAAAGCCCCAGGCUGUCUUGCCUCAUGGCCCUGGCAACUAGCUGGGUAAAUCUGGCUCCCCUCUAGGUCGUGGACAAGAGAACGGGCUACGUUCUGCACUGGGCAGGCAACACUGGGCUGCUGGGCUUGACUCCAGGCACUGGACUGGGCUCAAGAGUGAAAACUUAGGAACCGUGUUACAGAAGGCAGAAUUGAAGAAAGUGGAGGUGACUGGCUUGAAGGAAAGAAUGAAGAAGAUACAGUAACCACUUCCAAUGCCAAAGGCAUGUCCCAGAGAAAGAAGAUUCCUCUUAGUCAAAAUCUGUGUUGCUUCUGCUGGCAGGACCAGAAUCAGGCCCAGGUGUGGCCUGACAACGGGACGGCAGCCCCACAAAGGAAGGAGCUCCUGGAGGUGAAAUGCUAGGCUGCUGGGAUGUCAAGUGCCUGGGCUGCCGAAGAUUCUGAACUCUGCAGCUGCCUGGGAAGCGCCUCACUUCCCUAACUGACUGAAACAGCACUUUCCUCCUGGCCUGCACAGGAAGACAGGGCGGGGGCUCUGCCAGCAGAAGGCUGCGUCUGGGCCUGAGUCCAGGGCUGGCCCCCAAGGUAGCAAGGGGGCAGGCCUGUGACCCAGGCUGUUGGGCAGCCAAGCUGCUUGGCUAUGAUAAGGGUUUCAUUCUUAAGAAACCCUUGAGUCAUCAAAAAUGGACAUAUAAACGAUUGUUUUUUGCCAGCAGGAAUUUGCAAAACAGAGGUUUUAGUAGCUCAAAGUCUGGCUGUGAAACCUCCAAGCACCCAGCCAGGCUCACAUUUGCUUUCAUUUGGGCCUUGCUCAGUUUAUUGUGUUCUCUGUCGUGGCAGCUGCUGCCUUCUAAUCCCAUAAUCCUCUUUCUCACCCACCUCGAGGCUCCUCACUUCCCUGACUGACUAAAACAGAUCCAGCA